AUGCUCAGGAAAAUUGAGAGCAAUAAAAAAGAAGGCAAUGUCCAUGAACGAGACGAAGCCGAUGCUGUUAAAUACCGCGCCAUUGUGGAGGAGUAUGUUCAUGAUGAGGGUCUGUGCCACUCCGCUAUUACCGGCAAGAACGUCGGAGAUGGCGGCAAGCGUGACAGAUCUCAGAAAGAUCCGGGCAUGGAGGCAAAACGGCACAAAGAUGGAACGGGGGAUGCGAAGCUAAUGUCAAGACCCGCACAAGCUGCUUAUCCCUUCAGUGAAGUGGCGAGAGACCAUCUCAGUGUGGCCUUGAUCGACGAACACAACUCUAACGGCAAGCUGCUGAUGGAGAGGUGGGAGCUGAUUGAGACCAAACUGUCCGAAUUGGUUAUGGCUGAGCUCAUGACUAAUCCGGGGUCCAUUCCUUCUUUUGACUGUGCAGAUAUCCUCCGUGGUCACCGAGUGAUCAGAUGUGACGUCGAGUAUUCGCGAAGUUUUCUUAGCAAGGCGAUCACUAAGAUUAGUGAGAACUGGGACGGUUUAAAGCUCAAAAUUGUCUCUGCGGCGGAAAUUCCAUCGAGGCCUCGAGCGCGCGUAUGGUUGCCCAAACACCUUGGUCCACCUGACCUUAUUCUGCAGCAGCUAAAGCUACAAAAUCUAGAAAUCCAGAUGGAAGACUGGUCGUUUCUCAAGACCGAAGAACCGCAAAAACACAGCCAAUCAUACCUACUUCUAAUCAACGAAUAA